AUUCGCUCGUUAAGCCUCUCUACUCCCUGUCUUUUUCCCUAGAAAGUUAGAGAAGUAUAUAUCUCUAAUUAGCUUCCUUGCUUCUUCCUCAUCCCUUAUUAGUCCUCCUAAGCUCCCAUUGGACCAUUCCUAGUCCCACACGUACCAUCACCGUCAGUCAGACAGUUACAGCUCUUCUGCCUUGAAGUUGCCAACCUUUGACGCUUCUUUUAUUGCCAGGAUUGACCACUGCCUUGUAGGAGCAGCAUGGUCUCUCAGCAGUCCACUCCUACACCAGUAAGUGAACAAGAUGGACCAUGCACGAGUCGAGUUGCUGCACCUGAUACAGGAGAGGGACGCCAUAGUUAACAACAAAUCUACAGCUCCAGGCAUCACUAUCGAGAAGAAGGCUUGGGAAGAGAUAGGGUGUAAAUUUAAUGGCCUAUAUCCAAACCAACAUCCCUGGUCUUCUAAGCAACUCAAGAGAAGCUACGACCACGUGAAGAGGAAGGUGAAAGAAGAUGAUCCUGACGAUCCUAUUGUUGCCGUUCCGCCUUCGUUUCCCAGCAGUAUGCAACCCUCAGCCCAGUCCUUUCAACAUGCCCCUGUUAACCUCAUCUUCCACUACUCCUAUAUCAUCACCAGCAGUCAUCUCAUGCAAACUGCCAGGAGGCAAUAUCACCUCCACUCCCUCUGUGUCAUCGAUGAAAUGCAAACUCAUAAAAAAACGUAGAUAAUCUGCUAAGGACGAUGCGUUUUUGUGUCACACACGGCAAAAAGAGUAUCAUAGGCUGAAAAUCGCUCAAAUGAAAGAAUUGCAUUUUUUAGAAAAAUUAACAAAAAAAUAAAAAAAGAUAGAGAUAGAAAAUGCUAAAAGAAAAUGUGAAUUGGUGAGUGAUAUGCAGCUCAAAGUUGAUGAUGUCCACCAAAAGUUAACUUUGGUACUUGAGACAGCAAAGAGGGCCUGUGAUGAAAUGGGCCCUGCAGAUGACGUAUAGAUUUUUGUUUUUUAUAGUUUAUAGAUAUUAUUUUUAUUAUAUUCUCUAGUCUACUGAAAUGUAUUGUGCAAUACAAUGCUGUGAUAUCAUGGUGAUUUAUUCUGUCUGGCUGUUUUUUUUUCUUUUUUUUUUUUUUAUAUGAAGUCACUGGGGAUGUACUUAUCCUAUAUAGUACAAAACAGAUCAUUGUUAUUUAUAGUUGCUAUUUUAUUAUUAUUAUUAUUUAUUUUUUUUUUUAAAUAAAUAUCUUGGUCCUUUUUCACUAGUGUAUGUUGGAUCCAAAAAUAAUAAAGACUGAAAACAUACAA